AGCAAACUGUUACUGAGGCACUGAGGAGAAGGCUUGAAGACAGAGAGAGAGAAGACUUGAAGACAGAGAGAGAGAAGACUUGAAGACUGAGAGAGAAGGCUUGAAGACUGCGAGAGAAGGCAAAGAGACUAGUUGAAGUAGUAAGAGAGGACUCAUAAGACAAACUCAAAGCCAGCUAUAAGCAGUUUUUCCCUGAGAACAACAGAGAUGGCCAUCGCUCCGUUCAGUCGCAGACAGUGGGCCUCCCACUCCCUCAGAGUCACAGCUAAGGAGUUGUCCAUAGUCGGCACCAGAGGCAAGAACAACGCCAUUGCUGAGCGCUUCUCCAAAUACCAACUGGCUGCAGAGGAGGGCAACUCGGAGAGGAAGAAAGCAGCUGCAGAUUCGUUGCCCCCAACUCUCUGCAAUGGCAACCUGAGUGUGUUGAAGAAGUGGUGGGAGCAGCCUGUCCAGUCCUCAGCCACGUCCUGUGCCCCGCUACCCCACACCACCCACACUCGCUGCUUACUCCCCUUAAACCCUAAAGCCAAGCAUUGGAUGUCACUUUCUUUCUUUUCUACUACUACUCAUUGUAAUAAUUUAUCUAUGUCAAUUUUACCUUAGCUCUGGUUUUGUCCGGAAGAUGGUACAAACCAAACAAAUGCUGAUAAUAUGAACUGAACCCAGUGAAUGAGAUAUUUUUGUCUGUAUUUGAAAAUACAGUAGUUUUAUGAAUGUUUUUAAGGUGGUAUGUUUUAUCAGAACAGCAGGAUAGCUGUAAGGACUGGAAGGGUUUCCACCAUAUUACGUAUUCUGCUGGUUAUCGUUGUUCCAACUUGAAUAAAGAAAUUGUUAUACA